AUGGCCGAGUCCAUCCCCAUUCCCGAGCCCCCGGGUCUGCCAUUCAUUGACACAUAUGGCGAAAUCUAUCGCAUGCGCCUGGGUGGUAGCGCUUUUUGUGUCGUGAGCUCCCGAGAGCUUGUAAACGACGCCUGCGACGAGCGUCGCUUCAAGAAGACCAUCGCCGGUUCGCUUGGCAAGGUUCGCAACGCCGUUCACGAUGGCCUCUUUACCGCCGACUCCGAGACUGAACCAAAUUGGGGCAAAGCGCAUCGCAUUCUCAUUCCCGCUUUUGGUCCCCUCUCUAUCCGCAACAUGUUUGACGAGAUGCACGACAUUGCCUCUCAGAUGGCCAUGAAGUUUGCCCGCCACUCGGGUGACCGCAUCAACGCCUCAGACGACUUCACCCGUCUCGCCCUCGACACAAUCGCCCUCUGCGCCAUGGACUAUCGCUUCAACUCGUACUACCGCGAGGAGCUUCAUCCCUUUGUCCAGUCCAUGGGUGACUUCCUGACAGAGUGCGGCGCCCGUGGCCGCCGCCCUCCAUUUGCACCCAAGUUUUUCUACCGCACUGCCGACGAAAAAUACGAGCAAGAUAUCAAGACGAUGCGCGAUGUCGCCGACGAAGUUGUUGCCAGCCGCAAGAAGAACCCUAGCGAUCGAAAGGACCUGCUCACUGCUAUGCUUGACGGCAAGGAUCCCCAAGACGGACAGAGGCUUACUGAUGCAAGCAUUUCCGACCAGCUUAUUACCUUCCUCAUCGCUGGCCACGAGACCACUUCAGGAAUGCUCUCCUUUGCUUUUUAUCAGCUUCUCAAGCAUCCUGCCGAGUAUCGCAAGGUUCAAGAAGAAGUUGACUCCGUCGUGGGCAGAGGCCCAAUUACUGUUGAGCACAUUUCCAAACUUACCUACAUCCAAGCUGUACUUCGAGAGGUGCUACGCGUCAACGCAUCAAUCCCAGCCUUCAGUGUCGAGGCGAAGGAGGAUACUCUGCUGGCUGGCAAAUACUUUAUCCCCAAGGAGCAUCGCCUUACUCUGCUCCUUGCCAAAUCCCAUCUCGACCCCAGUGUGUAUGGUGACGACGCUGGUGAAUUCAAGCCCGAACGCAUGACUGACGAUAACUUUGCUCGUCUCAACAAAGAAUUUCCCAACGCCUGGAAGCCAUUUGGCAAUGGAAAGCGCGCGUGUAUUGGCAGACCCUUUGCUUGGCAAGAAGCGGUCCUUGCCAUGGCCAUGCUGUUCCAGAACUUCAACUUCACCCUUGACGACCCCAACUACACCCUGGAGAUUCAAGAAACCCUUACCGUCAAGCCUCACAACUUCUUUAUGCGCGCAUCUCUCCGUCAUGGUAUGAAUGCCACUGAGCUGGAGCACCAGCUCAAGGGUGGCGCGACUCAUUCCAAGGCGGGCAAGGCGGCUGAAACCCCAGCUGCUAGCCCGGCUGGUAAUGGCAAGCCCAUGUCCGUCUUCUAUGGCUCCAAUAGCGGCACUUGUGAGGCCCUGGCUCAGAGAGUCGCUGCUGAUGCUGGUGCGCAUGGAUUCAAGGUCACUGAUAUUGGUCCGUUGGACAAUGUCAACCAGAAGCUCCCCACUGACCGCCCUGUGGUCAUUGUCACUGCUUCGUAUGAAGGUGAACCGCCAUCCAAUGCCGCUCAUUUCGUCGACUGGCUUAAGAGUCUCAAGGGCAAUGAGUUGCAGAGAGUGGCAUAUGCCGUCUUUGGCUGCGGCCAUCACGAUUGGGCUCAGACGUUUCACAAGAUUCCCAAGCUUGUCGAUGCUACCAUGGCCGAGCGUGGUGCCGACCGUAUCCUUCCUAUGACGGGUACCGACGCCGCUGAUCGUGACAUGUUCAGUGACUUCGAAACUUGGGAGGACGAGAGCCUGUGGCCCGCUCUGAAGAAGAAGUACGGCGCAUCGGAGAACCAGGACGGCCAAAGCACCUCCGGCCUUGUCGUGGAGAUUACACACCCUCGCAAGGCGACUCUCCGCCAGGAUGUUGAGGAGGCUGCCGUCAUCGACACCAAGGUUCUUACCAAGGGAUCCCAGGCCGUCAAGAAACACAUUGAGAUCAGACUUCCAACCGGCAUGACCUACAAAGCUGGCGACUAUUUGGCCGUUUUGCCAUUCAACCCCGCAGCUACUAUUGCUCGUGUCUUCCGUCGCUUUUCGCUUAGCUGGGAUGCCACCUUCACCAUUACCUCCAAUGGGCCUACUACAUUGCCUACUGAUGUUCCGAUUUCCGCCACCAACGUUCUCGGCGCCUAUGUUGAGCUCAGCCAGCCCGCCACAAAGAGAAAUAUUCAAGCCAUGAUUGACUCGAGCGAGGAUGAGAAGACCGUGACCGCGCUCAAGGGACUUAUCGGAGACAAAUUCCCCGAGCUAGUCACUGCCAAGCGACUGUCUGUUCUUGAUUUGCUGGAGCAAUUCCCGGCUGUCGAUCUGCUUUUCGAGUCUUUCCUCGCCAUGCUGCCUCCAAUGCGCGUUCGACAGUACUCCAUCUCGUCUUCGCCUCUGGUUGAUCCCACUAGAGUCACCUUGACCUACUCUCUCCUUGACGUGCCCGCCCACUCUGGUCAAGGCCAGCACGUAGGUGUUGCCAGUCACUACCUGUGCUCCCUCCGAGAAGGCGACAGGAUUCAUGUCGCCGUCCGGCCCUCAGCCGCUUUCCAUCUUCCCGCCGACACAGAAAAGACGCCCAUCAUCUGCAUGGCUGCCGGCACCGGCCUCGCCCCCUUCCGUGGCUUCGCCGAGGAGCGCGCGGCCAUGAUUGCUGCGGGACGCAAGCUCGCCCCCGCCGUGCUCUUCUUUGGCUGCCGCUCGCCCGACGAGGACGACCUGUACGCAGAGCAGUUUGCCGAGUGGCAAAAGAUGGGUGCCAUUGACGUGCGCCGGGCCUACUCGCGCGCCACGGACAAGUCGGACGGCUGCAGGUACGUCCAGGACCGCGUCUCCAAGGACCGCAAGGACAUCUUUGAGCUGUGGGAUCAGGGUGCCCGUCUGUACCUGUGCGGCAGCAGAGCCGUCGGCAAGGGCAUCGAGGACAUUUGCGUCGACAUGGUCAAGGACAGCGCGCAGCAGAAGCUCUCCAAUAUUGUCACUGACGAGGCGGCGCGCGCUUGGCUCGAUAAUCUGCGCAACGAGCGCUUCAUGGCUGACGUCUUUGACUAA